UGAAAGUUAGCUGCAGUUCAUUAUUGAUGUGUGUAAUCAUUACACUGACACCUCAUUAGUUACAUUAACUCGUGAACAGCUGGUGCUACUUUACUCUUUCUUGGUUAGCUAAACGCGGCUGUACCGACUUCCUGUUUGAUUUCAACGGAAAAAAAACUGUCCCAUUGAGGUGAUAAAUAAGAAGAUGACUGAAGGUAAUGGCAAGGUGGUUUACUGGAUCAUUGCCUCGACUUUCAUAGUAAAUUUAGCUCAAACUUUAGCGGCUCGGCAGCCUCACGUCGUGUUUAUCCUGGCCGAUGACUUCGGCUGGUACGAUAUCGGCUACCACGGCUCCGAGAUCAGGACGCCAAACCUGGACAAGCUGUCGUCCAGAGGAGUCCGCCUGGAGAACUACUAUGUGCAGCCUCUGUGCACCCCCUCCAGGAACCAGCUCAUGACCGGGAGGUAUCAGAUCCACACCGGUAUGCAGCACCAGAUCAUCUGGCCCUGCCAGCCUUACUGCGUUCCUCUGGAUGAGAAACUGCUGCCUCAGCUCAUGAAGGAGGCGGGGUAUGCCACACACAUGGUCGGCAAGUGGCACCUGGGCAUGUACAUGAAGGACUGCCUGCCCACACGCCGUGGCUUUGACACGUACCUUGGUUACCUGACAGGUGGUGAGGAUUACUUCACUCACUUCCGCUGUUAUCAAAGCCGCUCGCUGAACCUGAGCCGCUGUGCGUUGGACCUUAGAGAUGGGGAAGACGUCGCCACAGGAUACGAAGGGGUCUAUUCCACUGAGCUGCUGAGCCAGAGGGCCAUCAGCAUCAUUGAGAGACACAACUCUCAAAAGCCACUCUUCAUGUAUGUGGCGCUGCAGGCGGUCCAUGCACCCCUGCAGGUGCCAGAGCGCUACGUGACUCCCUACAGUUUUAUCACAGACACCAAUCGCAGGCUCUAUGCCGGCAUGGUGUCAGCUAUGGAUGAGGCGGUGGGCAACAUCACCCUGGCUUUACAGAAAGUGGGACUCUGGAACAACACGGUCCUUGUGUUCUCAACUGAUAAUGGAGGUCAAACGCUGUCUGGUGGCAGCAACUGGCCUCUGCGAGGGAGAAAGUGGUCACUAUGGGAAGGAGGAGUCCGAGGCGUUGGAUUUGUUGCCAGCCCGUUACUGAAACAGCCGGGUACCAUGAACCGUGAGCUCAUCCACAUCUCCGACUGGCUGCCUACACUUGUCGGCCUGGCAGGAGGAAACGCCACAGGCACGAAGCCGCUGGAUGGCUUCGAUGUGUGGAACGCGAUCAGCAAAGGGUUUGCCUCACCCAGACUGGAGCUGCUGCACAACAUCGACCCUCUGUAUUAUGACAUUGCUCCAUGUCCUGGCAGGCAGCGCGAGUUAACUUUGGCUCAGGUGGCCAACUCCGGCUUCAAUGUGUCCAUUCACGCAGCCAUUCGAUCUUCAAAGUGGAAGCUACUGACUGGGUACCCAGGAUGUGACGUUUGGUUCCCCCGACCUGACGGCAACACCUCCGACUCAAGCUCCUCUGAGGUAGAUCAGCUGAAGCCGGUCAUGCUGUUUAACAUUGAAAAGGAUCCAGAAGAGAGAAAUGAGGUGUCUGCUCAGUUCCCCAAGGUAGUCGAGCAUCUCCUCUGUAGACUAGAGCACCACCAAAAAAGUGCUCAGCCCAUAAACUUUCCUGACGAUGACCCUAGAUGUGACCCAGGCCCCACUGGAGCCUGGGGGCCCUGGGCUUAGGCGGAUAUUACCGAUAUUGUAGUGUUUUGUUUACUGUGAAUUACAACAGUAGGAAUUUUCCUUUGUGGGGAAAGGUGAAGUUUUACAACAAUUUUUGUUUGUUUUUAAAAGAGAACAGCCAAUACCAAAGAAUUCAGAAAGUCAUUAACAGCAGCACCUUUACUCUGCCUUACAUAAAUCUGGUUACAGCGGAUUAGUUUAAAUGAAUCAACACCGCUAAUUGUCCCAUAAAAGCAAAGGCUGAGGAGGGUGGAUGGCAGCAAUCUUUCACUCCAGACACUUUAAUUCAUUUGGAAGCCUAAUGUUUAGCCCCAACCAUCCUUGCUGGAAAACUCAAAAACCAGUUUUAUUUGUUAUCUAUCAUCCACCUGGGCCUUACUCAGAGAUUCUUAUCUGCUCUCUCAGACGUUUUAUCUUAGGCUGUAUCAGGUUAGGGCUGGAUCAAGUGACCCUGAAUCCUCUCUUAGUUACUCUGCAACAGGUCUAGGCUGCUGGGGGCCCCUGAUGGACUGAGUGUUUCUUUUUCACUCACUGUGUGUUUAUAAAUCACUAGUUAUUAUUAAUCUGUCUAUCUUCACCAGUGAAUCUUCGUCAGAUCACGACCGGUUGAGGUAUAUAAGUGCAUAGUGUUGUCUCUGAGGGGAGCUACACUAUACAUUUGCAUGUCUAGAAUCUGAGCAGGAGAAACUAAUUUCUUUCAUAUACGCAUCCUCUUUGACCUUUGACCCCUAGGUGUUUGACCUUCCACUGAAAGCAGCAUGCAGACUAGAGCAGGAAAUGCUUCCUGCUGAGAGCAGGCGGCCGCUGUCCGAAUGUGGGCCGCGA